GGAGCUGGGAUGUGAGCGGUUCUCCUCUACCGGAGUGUCCGGAGUGUCCGGAAUCUGACCACGAGCGUGGUCACUUGUUCGCUCUGGACCAUGCAGUCCGUGCUGGCCUGUGGCCGACUGGUGGCUCGAGCUUUGUUGGGAGGCAGCCUUAGGCAAUCGGAAAGGCGGGAAUACCGGCUCAUUACAGUCAGCUGCGGUUUCGGCAAGGAUCUCCGCAAGGGCAGCGGCACCGGCGCCAAGGGCAGCGGCUACGGGGACGACGCCUGCUUCGUGGCCACUCACCGGCUGGCCGAUGUGUUGGGAGUGGCAGACGGUGUUGGAGGAUGGUGGGAUUACGGUGUGGACCCAUCCCAAUUUUCCACAACAUUGAUGCAAACAUGUGAGCGACUUGUUCAAGAAGGACUGUUUGUUCCCAGCAAUCCUGUGGGUAUCCUGACAGCUAGUUACAAUGAAAUGCUGCAGAACAAGGCUCCAUUACUGGGUAGCAGUACUGCUUGUCUUGUAAUCCUGGACAGGCAGAAACGCUGUUUGUACACGGCUAACCUGGGAGACUCAGGCUUUCUCAUAGUGCGUGAUGGGAGGAUUAUACACAGGUCAGAUGAGCAACAGCAUUACUUCAACACUCCCUUUCAACUGGCAAUCGCACCCCCUGAGGCCCAAGAUUCAAUACUCAAUGAUAGCCCUGAAACAGCCGAAGGUUCCACAUUCAAUGUAGAAGUGGGUGAUAUCAUUCUUACGGCUACAGAUGGACUCUUUGACAACAUGCCAGACUACAUGAUCUUGCAGCAAUUAAGGCAACUUAAGGACUCAAGUUACCAGAGCAUGAAGGAGACAGUGAAAAGUAUAGCUGAACAGGCCCAACAGUUGGCAUAUGACCCAAACUACAUGUCUCCCUUCGCACAGCAUGCCUGUGAAAAUGGGCUGAAUGUCCAAGGUGGCAAGCCAGAUGACAUCACAGUGCUAUUAUCAAUAGUAACUGAGAGCAAAGAAUGAAGAGGAAACCUUGCCUCAUUGACCAUGGCACCAAGCUGACACACCUCUAAGGGUGGUGUCCCUGAAUGUCUGUUCCAAAAAUCCCACAAAGCUCUGCUGGUGCAUCCUGUCAGAGGUGUUUUUUGAUCUAUGCAGAUAACCACGUUCAAGAAAUCCAAGUAGUUGAAAUAUUUGGUGAAUGAUCAAUCUACUCAGUUCUGUAAUUUGGAAAAAGUACACUUUGCCCUUUAUUGCUUUUCACAUUCUGUAGAGGCUCCAAAAAAUAACUUUAUCUCAAGCAUUAGUUUUCACGCCCUUAUAAACAUCUCCACCUUUUUCUGUUCACUCAUUAAGGACUGACAACCACUCGGUCUCUUUGAACAGUUUUGAUGCAUGGAGUGAUUCCUGGAAAUUCGGCUAGCCAAAAGGCGGGUGUUUUUUUAAAGAAAAACUCUUGUCAUACAAAUGUUUUGCAGUAGUGGUCCAGUCCCAAUUUAAUAAAAGCCUCACAACUAAUGACAAAA